AUGAUCUCUAACAGGAAGACCAACUCCCUCCUCGCCGCGCUGGUGUUGAGCGGCUUGUCGUUGUCCAAUGCCCAGGGCACAGCCAGCGUGGCAGCAGCUUGCCAGACGCUGUACAAUGCCUACCCCGAGUUGACUUUGUUUUCCAACGCGACUGAGUACACGACGCUGAAUGAAGAUUACUUCAGCGCCGUAGAAUGGCUUGGACCGGCGUGCAUCUUCACCCCGACGAGCGCCGAGCUCGUGUCCUUCGGUGUCAAGACACUUGCCGCAUCGGAAGUAACCUAUGCGAUCCAAGGCGGAGGACACAUGCCCAUCGCAGGCGCGGCCAACAUCAACUCUUCGGGUAUCCUGCUCUCGACCACUGGGCUGGAUCAGCUCAGCAUAUCCGAGGAUGAAUCCGUCCUGUACGUCGGCCCCGGCAACCACUGGGUCAACGUGUAUGACUACCUCGUGCCGUAUGAGAAACUCAUUAGCGGCGGGCGUAUGGGCGUCGUGGGCGUGCCGGGUUAUCUCCUCGGAGGUGGCAUUUCGUUCUUCUCAAACGAGUAUGGCUGGGCCUCCGCCAUGAUUGUCAGCUUCGAGACUGUCCUGGCAGAUGGCACCAUCGUCAAUGCCACCGCGGACAACGAGUACUCGGACCUCUUCUGGGCCCUCCGUGGCGGCGGAAACAACUUCGGCAUUGUGACGAGCUUUGGCUUGAAGACCAUCGACCUGGGCACCGUGACCGUCGGCCAGGUCGCAUACACUGGCAGCGACCUCCGCGACCAGUACCUCCAGACGGUGUAUGACUUCGCCUAUGAUGGAACCCUCGACCAGAAGGCCGCGGUGAUACCCACUGUGACGUGGUCCCCGGCCACCGGCAGCAACGACCUGAUCUACUCGGCCAUGGUCUUCUAUGGCGCCAACGACACCAACCCUGCGGCGCUGGGUAACUUCACCGGCGGUGCCGCCACCAGCCUGCCCGUCAACAGCAGCACCUUCUCGGCCCGCACCAUGUCCGACUGGAGUGCGGAGGUCGACACAGGAACCAGCGUGCUCAAGGGGUGGUACUUCAGUUUUGCCGUCGUCCCGAUUCUAGCUGAUCUGGACGCCAUGGGGAUCGUGUUCGACACCUUCUUCAACAAGUCCCAGGAGCUCCUGGCCAACGUCACCUACGGCUCCGCCACCACCGCCGUGAUGCCCAUCUCCAAGUCAAGCAUCGUCAACAACAGAGGCAACGCCUCGGGAGACCCCUUUGGUAUCGACGAGAGCAAGGCGCCCUUUGUCUGGUUGGAGCAGACAUACAUAUACUAUCUGGAGUCGGACACCAGCUAUGUCAACUCGGCCAUCCAGGAGAUCAAUGCUGCGAUCGACGCGGCGCUGCCCGAGGACAAGAAAGCUGAUUUCAUGUAUAUUAAUGAUGCCGGUGGCUGGCAAAAGCCUUUCGAUACGUAUGCGUCUGACAAUUUGCAGAGGCUGCAGGAGAUCAGGGCCAAAUAUGAUCCCGAGGGCACGUUUACUUACCAGGUGCCAGGCGGUUUCAAGCUGGCCGACGCUUCCGGAGGGCAGUAA